CCAUAAUAUUGAAAAGGUGUUUUGCCUUUGGCGAAUUGGCGGUAGUCGCUCAGGCGGUGACAUUGCUCGCCGUAGAAUUAUGGAUCAUCACCAUCAAUAAGUUCGUCUUGAUGAAGAACUUGCAUUUUCGCAAACAUUCACCGAGCGAGAUCACGACAUUUCAAUUAGCUUUAAUCCUGGGAAUGUUAAUGAUAGGAAUCGUUUUGUCACCAAUAUUUAUUCGUUCGCGUCAGUUAGCUCAACAACCAAAAUGGAAAAACAAGCGUGUACACGUGCGCGCAUCUAAUAAUG